AUGCUCCUUCGGCAGUCCUCCGAUCUUCAAAGCCAUGAAAGGGUUAACACAAACUUUGGAGGUGAUACUGGAGAUGCACUUGAAGCACAUGAAUGGAGAUUUGUUCGAACAUUAAAUGGAAUUAGAAUUUUUGAAGAUAUUGCAAACUCAAAGGGUGGAAAGGGGAUACUUCUCAAGUCUAUUGGCGUGGUUGGUGCAAAUCCCGACACAGUGUUCGAAAUGGUUCUCAGUCGGGAUAAGCAUAAGCGACACGAGUGGGAUAUGUUGAUUUCUGAUUUGGAGUUGGUAGAAACAAUUGAUGGGUACUGUGAUGUGGUUUACGGGACCUAUGAGCCAAAAUAUUUAAACUGGUGGAAAUCAAAGAAGGACUUUGUCUUUUCCAGACAAUGGUUUCGUGGACAAGAUGGGGCAUAUAACAUUUUGCAAAGUCCUGCUAGUCACAAGCAAAAACCUCCAAGACAUGGAUAUGAGCGUACACAUAUCAACCCCACAACAUGGGAAAUAAAGAGGUUAAACACAUCAGAAUCUACUCCGAAGUGCAUUGUUACUCGCAUGGUGGAGAUCUCCCCAUGUUUCUGGGACAGAUGGAGGAGAAGGACCUCCUCAAAUUUUGAGAGAAGUAUCCCUUUUGCUCUGCUCAGCCAAGUAGCAGGUCUAAGAGAAUACUUUGCAGCAAAUCCAGCCAUCACACCGGAUUUGCCUUCAACAGUAGUGAAGUCAAAAGUAUCUGAAUCCUUGAUCAUCCAGAGUGAACUUGAAUAUUCAGAACCUAAUGAUGAGUUCUAUGAUGCACUUGUUAGAGGAGAAUCCUUUGAAGGUGAUAGUGAUGAUGAUGAUGAUGAUGAUGAUGUUACAACCCCGAAGGCUGGAAAGGUGAAGUUGAAGAACGUAUCAUGGGCCAUUGCAGGUUUAGCUAUGAAGCGAACUAAAGCUUCGCUUGAGAGGAGCGAAUUGGUUACAAAUUCUAUUCCCAUAGCUAUUGACUCGAGCCAUUUCCAUGGCACCGUUCGACAAGCGAAAAGUGAAGAUGACCCAAAUUCUUGGAGUUCACCUGGUGGAGAGAAGUUUAUGAUAAGAGGGAAGACUUACUUGACAGAUUACGCCAAGAUUGCUGGAGGUGAUCCUCUUCUAAAGCUUAUUGCAGUUGAUUGGUUCAAGGUUAACGAGCGCUUUGACUCGGUUGCCUUGCACCCAAAAAGCCUUGUUCAGUCUGAAGCUGCAAAGAAGAUUCCCUUCAUACUGGUUGUAAAUUUACAGGUUCCAGCAAAACCAAACUAUAACUUGGUUAUGUACUACGCAGCAGAGAAGCCAGUGAACAAAGAUUCUCUCUUGGGUAGAUUCAUUGAUGGAACUGAUGCAUUUCGAGAUGCCAGAUUUAAGCUUAUACCAAGUAUUGUUGAGGGUUAUUGGAUGGUAAAGCGUGCAGUUGGGACGAGAGCUUGCCUCCUGGGGAAAGCAGUGACAUGCAAUUAUCUUCGGCAGGAUAACUUUCUCGAGAUAGAUGUUGACAUUGGUUCCUCUUCUGUUGCACGGAGCAUUAUUGGCCUAGUCCUGGGAUAUGUGACAAGCAUCGUCGUGGAUCUUGCUAUUCUAGUUGAGGCAAAGGAAGAGAAAGAGCUGCCUGAGUACAUUCUUGGCACUGUUCGUCUAAACCGUGUAAAUCCUGAGGGUGCUGUAGCGAUCUAA